AUGUUCCACUUAUUGCUUCUCUUCGUACCGGGGAUCAUUGCAUACAACGUUCCGUUCCUGAACAGCGCUCAGGUUUCUCAUUCGGGACCUACCUCCUCUGCUGAAACGACACCGGAAGAAAAUAAUGGGAUUCAACGAGAAAAACGAGCGUAUUUUCUUCGACAAUUCCCAUAUUACAGUAAUAAUCUGUUGGUCACACCUGAUCCACCGAAUGAUUUCAUGAGAAAAUGGAUCACCUAUGAGCAUAAUCGCUAUCGACGAAUGGUCCCUGCAUCCGAUAUGAAUAUGUUGUACUGGUCGGACGAGUUAGCGGCAAGCGCCCAACAACAUGCGAACACUUGCGAUUUUCGACAUUCCCGUGGACGUGUGAAUGUUGGGGAAAAUAUUUGGGCCGCACCGUACAGUAACUAUUCGGAUGCGAUCUCAAUAUGGUUCAAUGAGGUUCAUAAUCCACGAUGCGGAUGCAAUCACGCUUAUAAACAUUGUUGUGGACAUUACGUGCAGGUGGUUUGGGCGAAAACGAAUCUGGUCGGAUGUGGUUUUGCACGAUGUCGUGACGUACAAGGAUUGUUCGGACGUGGACAUCGAAAUGUUUUCGUCUGUCACUAUAAUCCACAAGGAAACACGGUAUUCGUCACAGGAUCAGGACAGCUUUAUGCGGUACCCGCAUUCACGUGGGCGAGCGGGAACAAGGGACGCUGUUCGGAUUGCCCCGCGUCGGCACCGGCAUGCUUCCAAGGACUCUGCUACAUGCCAAACGAACAAGAACAUGUCGCCGCCGCCGCCACCACCACCUUCGUCGCCUCGGCCGGUGCUCGUCGACAACACGGGUGA